AAAUCUUCAAAAAAACCCCUUCAAAAUUGUAUGAAUUGCAAUAUUGCAUAGACAUCAAUACUUUGUCAUAUUAUUCAAAAUCGAUCUGUACACAUAGACCAAUUAUAAUAAUUUGUUACUUUUAUCAUCUCAAUCUUCACUAAUCCGAGCGGAGAGAACACACGCAAUUUAUAAGCUCAUGAUGAUUAAAUUUUCGAAUUUGAGAUGAUUGGCAAUGCAACUUGAAUGAUGCAUAAAAUCCAAGAGUUUAGGAUCCAUAAACUCGGAGAAAAAAUCUAGAGGCACAAUAAUGGGUCGCGUGUUGGUGGUUGUGGUGGUGGUAGUGGUGGCGGUGUUGAGGGCCGGUUUUUGUGAAGGUAAAUGUGACAUAGAGGGAAUUUUCAACUUUGGGGAUUCGAAUACCGAUACUGGAGGUUUCUUUGCUGCAUUUCCAUCUCAAAGAGGGCCGUCUGGGAUGACUUUUUUCAAGAAACCUGUUGGUAGAGCUUCUGAUGGAAGGGUCAUUAUUGACUUCCUAGCACAAGCUAUCGGGAUACCAUUUGUAAGCCCAUACUUGAAGUCAAUUGGAGCUGAUUACAGACAUGGAGCAAACUUUGCAACAGCGGCAUCUACAGUAAGGUUGCCAAACACUUCCUUGUUCGUCACUGGUGUCAGCCCUUUCUCUUUGGCCAUUCAACUCAACCAAAUGAAAGAGCUACAAUCCAGAGUUCAUGAAAUUUCCCACUCUACUUCCACUAAUGUAUCAACACCUCUUCCUUCAAUAAGCAUAUUUAGCAAAGCAGUUUACACAUUCUAUAUUGGUCAAAAUGACUUCACUGGAAAUUUAGCAAACCUUGGCAUCAGUGGAGUGAAGCAGUUUUUACCUCAAGUGAUUUCCCAGAUUGCUUCUACUAUCAAGGAACUAUAUGGUAUAGGAGGAAGAACAUUUUGGGUGCUUAAUCUAGCACCAAUUGGUUGUUACCCAGCAUUCUUGGUGGAGCUCCCACACGAAAGCUCGGAUAUCGACGAAUUCGGUUGCAUGAUCUCUUACAACAACGCAGUGAAAGAUUACAAUGACAUGCUCAAGAAUGCAAUCCAACAAACCAGGGCAGUUCUUCCUAAUGCUUCCAUUAUCUAUGUGGAUACUCACUCUGUAUUGCUUGACCUCUUCCAGCACCCUUUAACUUAUGGCCUGAAGUAUGGAACUAAAGCAUGUUGUGGUCAAGGGGGUGGACCUUACAAUUUCAACCCUCAGGUAUUUUGUGGGAAUACCAAAAACAUAAAUGGAAGCACAUUAACAGCAACAGCUUGUGAAGAUCCUAGCAAGUAUGUAAGUUGGGAUGGCAUACAUGCUACUGAAGUCGCGAAUAGGAUUGUCACCUUAUCUAUUCUUAAUGGCUCUAUAUUCGAUCCUCCUUUCCCUCUAAAUCGCGUUUGUGACCUCCACCCCAUCGGAUAAAUUGCAGUAGCUAAGCUGGCCAUUUCUUAGAUUAGUAUUAGUAGUAGUACUAGUUAUGUUUGGCCAGAUAAAUUGGUGCAUAAUAGAUAGCAUCAAAUUGAAUUAGCAAUGAUGAAUUUGGGUAGUACAAAUAAUCUUUCCAAGAUUUGUCCUUGGAAGUUGUUGAAGGAUUUAAAUAUUUUUUGUCAACAUGACUAGUUUAUUUCACCAUAAUUAUUCAAAGUCAUCAUAGACUAAGUGGACAAUAAUAUGCUUGUCUCCUUUUGAAAUUUCCAGAUAACUUCUUUGGUGCAUAUGCUGUAAAUGAUGGGUGUAUUCCACC